CCGAGGAGCCGGUGAGCGGCGGCGGCGGCGGCCCCCCCUUGCGCUCCGGUCCAUGGUGCUGCCCCCUUGCCCCAUGGCGGAGUUCGUGGUGCCGCGGCACAGCGCGGUGAUGGAGCGGCUCCGCCGGCGCAUCGAGCUCUGCCGGCGGCACCACAGCGCCUGCGAGUCCCGCUACCAGGCCGUGUCGCCGGAGCGCCUGGAGCUGGAGCGCCAGCAGACCUUCGCCCUGCACCAGCGCUGCCUGCAGGCCAAGGCCAAGCGGGCCGGCAAGCACCGGCAGCCGCCGCCCGCGCCGCCGCCGCCCGCGCCGCCGCCGCCCGCCGGCAGCGCCGAGAGGAGCGGCGCCAACGGGCUGGACGCCGAGGCGGCGGGCGGCGAGCCGCACGGCCGCAGCAGCACGCUCAUCGCGCAGCUCCAUGAGACUGUGAAAAGAAAGCUUGAUAGUGCUGCUUCCCCUCAGAAUGGAGACCAGCAGAAUGGCUAUGGUGACGUAUUUUCUGUGUCAAAGAAACUACGUCGUGAUGAUGGUCUUGGUGGAGUAAGUGGUUCUUCUAAUGGAAUACCCCCUGUGUCUCCACUGCAUCAUCUUGAUAAGAAAUCUUCCAGUGGCGAUACCUUACAACUAAAUGGAAAACAUUCGAUGGGACUAGAUGGCAUUAGCAAAAAGUGUCUUCCAGAUUCCAACCUGCAGAUGAAUGGAGGUGGUGAUGCUGAUGACUCUUUUCCUUUGAGUUUGAACAAAGAACUCAAGCAGGAGCCUGUAGAUGAUCUUCCCUGUAUGAUUGCUGGAGCAGGGGGUUCUAUUUCUCAGAACAACUUGAUGCCUGAUCUUAAUCUUAAUGAGCAAGAAUGGAAGGAGCUUAUUGAUGAGCUUAAUAGAUCAGUGCCUGAUGAAGACAUGAAGGAUCUUUUUAAUGAAGACUUUGAAGAGAAAAAGGAUGUGGAUUCUUCAAAUUCAGCUGCACAGACUCCAUUGCCACAAGAUAUUAACAUAAAGACUGAGUUUUCCCCAGCAGCCUUUGAACAGGAACAGAUGGGAUCUCCACAGGUUAGAUCCACUUCUUCAGGUUCAGCAUUCAUUGGUGCUGCUUCUGUACCUGUAAGUGCUGCUUCUCCAGCAGUUGGUAGUUCUCAGGCUAUGUUUCAGCCUUCCAGUCAGUCAAUGACUGAAAAUCCUAACCAGCCCAUGAUGCAGGCAUCAAACCACUCUCAGAAUGUCCAGAGGCCUCUCCCUAAUGUGUUGUUAUCUGGGAAGGGCACAGGAAGUGCCAAAGAAAUGUCCUCUGCUCAUCAACUUCAGCAGAUUGCUGCCAAGCAGAAGAGAGACCAGAUGUUACAGAACCAGCAACAAGCUUCACAAGUCCACCAAACUAAUCAGAUGUCUAGCUGGCAACAGUCUGGGCCUUCUCACAGUCCACUGGCUGUCCCAUAUACCAUGGAAAAUCCCACCAGUCCUUCAGUUUACCAGGCAGACUUCAACAAUCAGAAGCUCAUGAUGUCUAAUAUGGGAAAUAAAAGUUCACCAAGAGCUGGAGGCAAUUAUCAUGUGAGUAUGCUGGGUCAUCAGCAAAACAACUUGAACCAAAACCCUGUGAAUAGUCAAGGCUCUAUGCUAGACUAUGGAAACACCAAGCCUCUUUCACAUUACAAAGUGGAAUGUGAACAGGGAGUCACAGUACCUGCUCAGAACAAGACUUCCAUGUUGGCUUACAUACAACAACGCCAGCAGCCACCACUGCCUCAUGUGAACGAUGACCAAAAUGGAAUGAUCUUGCUGAAACCGAAGUCUGGAAACAUUACCUACCGACCUCUCUUGCCACACAGUCAGGAUCAAACCCCUUCUCCUAAUGUUCCUCGUGUUCCUGUUUCUGUCCCGGGCCCUGGCGUUGGUGCCCAGCCUCCCACAGUGUCCAUGGCAGGUAACCACAGCAGCGCGCCGUAUCUCAGCAAUCAGCAGCAAGCAGUAGUGAUGAAGCAACACCAAAUGCUGAUGGACCAGCAGAAGCAAAGGGAGCAGCAACAAAAGCACUUGCUCAUAGAGCAACAGAAGCAGCAAUUUCUAAUGGGGCAGAGACAGCAGCAUCUUCUAGCUGAGCAGGAGAAACAGCGGCACCAGCAAGAGCAACAACUGCAGAGGCACCUGACUCGACCACCUCCUCAGUAUCAGGAUCAGUCACAGAAUCCUUACCAGCAACAGGUUGGACAGUUCACAGGGUCAUCUUCAGCCAUGCCUGGGGUAAGUAAUUUAGGACAGUCCAACUCAAGUAGUCCACGGAUGUUUCCUCAGACCCAGAACAUGAUCCAGAUGGGACCUGGACACAGUUCUGUUCCUCCACUCCAGUCAGGCUCCAGUCAGCAGGAUCGAGGUGUGACUCAGUAUAACAGUAUGCAAAACAUGCAGCGUGGGGGAUUGUACAAUUUGGCAUCUGGUAUGACGCAGAUGGUUCCACAGCAUGCAGCUCAAAGUGCCAAUGGACAGCCACCAAUGCAGAGACAAGGCAGCUUGGGCCAGGGCGCUGCUGUUUCUGCUGGAUAUGGGCAAAAUACCUUAGCAAACUCAAGUAUUUCUCAGCAGCACAAUAAAGGUGCACUGAAUCCGACUUUAUCUAAGCCACAGAUGGCAAGAGUAUCAGCUGCUAUGGGGGCUCAAAAUCCAUCUUGGCAACACCAAGGUAUCCCUAAUAUUAACAGCCAGACGCAAGGAAACAGUAGCUUAGGACCAUUUACUGCCAGCUCCUCUUUCCACAUGCAACAAACUCAUUUAAAGAUGGCGAACCAACAGUUUGCUCAAGGAAUGCCUCAGGUAAGCCUAAGCACCAGCAGACCGAUGACCUCUAUGAAUGCUGCUGUCUCUGGGCAGAUGUUGUCGUCAUCUUUAGGCGCACAACAGCGGACAAACCCACCUACGCAGCAGCAGGUACCCUCACAGCAAGUCUUGCCUGGCAUGAACCAGACUGUUUCAGAUCUGACUGCUUUCAACCAGAAUCCAAAUCAGCAACUGCCCAAUAGAGGUAAUCUGCACUGUAGCCAAGGGUACCCUGUGAGGACAACCAGCCAAGAGCUGCCUUUUGCCUACAGCAACCAGUCGGGCAAUAAUGGACUUCAGAACUUAACUGGUGACACGGAUCUGAUAGACUCUUUGCUGAAAAACAGGACUUCAGAGGAGUGGAUGAAUGAUUUGGAUGAGUUGUUAGGAACACAUUAAAACGGGGCUGGGGGACUACUUUUUUUUAUUAUUUCAUGGAAUAUAAAUGACACUUGGACCAAAAAACCUGUGGCGUUGAGGAGACUUGCAGGCAUUAGAGGUAAAUGGUUUGGAAAGGGACUGGAGCUGCUUCUCAAUGAAUGCUGAUGUAUGGUAAUGGUGUACCCAAGCAGGUCUGCAGGAAUAGUGUGUUUUAUCUUGAUGUCUCUAGGUUGUCGCACAUCUGAACAGGUCAAACAGAAUUGUGCGUGUCCUGGCCAGCCUUUCAGAAAUCUCACUUGCAGUGUUCUGAAAAUACAUUUUUUUUUAUUAUUUAAAAAUAAAAUUCCACAGAAAUAGUUCAGAAAGAAAGCAAAUAGUUGCACAAACUGUGGUUAGGGCUUAGUCUCCUGCAGCUAUUACUUGUGAUCGCUGUUGUUCAUAGCUUAACAUGCUAUUACAGUAGUUCCAUCAAACUUCUGACUUUUUAUUUGAGAAGAGGGCAUAUUGCAAGAUGUUUUCAGUUUUUUUCAUCGCUGAAGUGUGUACCUGUUCUCUCAAAAAGCAAGUGAUAUUUCACAGUAAAUCUUUCUAGAUGCUGGCGAUAGAUGAAAGAAAGUAUUAAAACCUGGCCAGUUAGCCUAGGUAGUCGUCUUAAUAGAUUGUAGUUUUUUAAGCUGCAGUUUGCACUCUGUUUUAGAGGGGCACAGUUUUUGGCUUAUACCUUGCUGUGUUUAAAGGGGGAAUUUCUUAUGGGAGAACUUUUAAACUAUAGUAGGUUUAACAUGAAUUGUAAAGCCAUUUACUUUGCACCUGUUUCUUCAUAACUUAUUUCCAAAGGUAGUUGUAUUUAAAUGAAGGCUUUGCUUCAUGACAGUUCAUCUUGUUUUUUUGUCAUAAAAUGUAAAACUAACUUUUGAGAUCAAUUCAUUCCCAAAAGUUACCAGUGACAUCAUGAGCACAAGACUUUGUCACUUCAGGAUCAAAUGAGGAAAAAAGAAUUUUGGCUGAGAGGUGAAAAGUCCUUAUCAGCAGUAGUAGCACAGGCAGCCUGGGAGUACUUGUCAGGAUUGCUCCAAUAUGGAAGUUUCCCCCCUUUAAAUACCUUUUUUUUAAUACUAGGUUAUGAGUUUGAUAAUCUUUCUAUUGACAGGUGGGUUUACUUCUUUAAUAUCCCUUGAAGCAGAUGCUGGUCCUUCAGCUCAGCCCAAGGAGACCCUCUCAUUCACAUGUUGGGGUCAGUCCCAGAAAGGACAAAAACACAGUGGGAACAGUCAGUGUUCCAGAGUAUCUACCAAAAAAAAAAUCCCCUAUCCACCAACAAACCACCUUGCCUUAACAUUUGUUUUAAAAUGAAAAUAAAAUUGAAAGCUUUUGUUUUAAAUGCACGAAUACCUCUUCCCUUUCUAAAUCCACUUUUUUUUGGAAAACUCUUUUCAAUUUUCUAACCAAACCUAGCAUUGUGAUUUAAAAGCAAUUUCCUUCCAACACAGACCGGCUUCUUCAGGAGUUCUCUGCUGCAGAGAAAUGAGAGUUUUUUUUUUUCCUGAAUGGGAGAGGAGAAGUGAAGGAUGAUAACAUUGAAUUUGAAGAAGGAAAAUAUUUUACUGUAUCUGCAGCUUCUUUAUCAGACAAUUUGCACUUUUAAAAACUGCUUUUUAACACUAAUAUUUUAACCCUUUCCGGAUAUGCAUGGAACAUGGUUUGUCCUGCACACUGACCUAGUGUGAAUUAGUUAUGCUCUGUUAAACAGAUUUGAUACUGUAUCAUGUUGAACUGUUGGUGAAAAAUGUACAUUGAUCAGUGGAUCCCACCGUUGAAUAGUGGAUAAAACUUCACUGAAGCAGACUUAAUCCCUUGUAGAGCUUUUGGAAGGAUAACAUAGUUCGUAUUUGGAUGGGAAAAUGAAAGUGUUAGUGACAUUGGUUGUUGACACUCUUCUGAUAUUUUCUAGAAUAAGUAGUUGAUAUGCAAAUAAUGAUGCUAAUUUUUCUUUUACUGUCAAUCUAAGAAAAGAGCUAGUGAGUUUGGUUGACUAUUAAGUUGAACCAAAAACUGGUCCAAGGUAAGUGUCAUUAGAAGAGUAUAGAUAAACUAGCAAUGGCAGGGGAAGGAGUAUGUGCUGUAUUUUUAUUUUUAAUGGUUAACUUUGCACCAGUGUGCCUUCCCUUCCUUUUGGAGGUGCUUGGGACCUCAUAAUUUCAAGUGGCAUCCUGUAGUGUCACUUUUUUUCCUCCCCCUUACAAACACUUCAGAGAAAUAACAGGGUAGGAGGACUCGAAUUUUUCUUUCUUCCCUGUUUAGGUUGUGGCGAAAUCUGCUACAUUCUCCGGUAGAUUUUUCCCACAGAGAAUAUUUGAGUAAGUCCAAACACAGUCCAUCUAGUUGUGAUUUCAUAAUUGGAGGGAAAGAACAUCUGCUCUUUGCAUUAUGACUACCAAAAAGGCAAUCCAGCUAAAUGUGCAGGAAAAUGCAGAUGUACUCUUUCCUCCACUGUUUCUGGAAGUUAAGGUGGAUAUUGCCCUGCUUGACCAGAGGGUUUGUUCAGGAAGAUAUCUAGAUUUGAUGACGGGGCCUUGUCUGUAGUGGCCAUGGUACUGUUGAACUAAAUUUAAGUGUGAUUGUAGGCAAACUGGCUUGUAAUGCCCAUUGGUCUUUGUAUGUGAUCGGGAUCCUAACAGCAUUUAACCUGGUAGAAAAAAAAAACAACCCUUCUGUUUUUGGUCCCUGUCCACAUAAUAUGAUCAAAUUAUUAGAAAUAUGGUAUCACUAACAAUGUUGAAACAGUUCAAUGGAAAUGAAAAUAUGGUUUGGAUGUACAUUGGUGUGUGGAUAGGGCUGGGCUUUGCCUUUAUGCCCUCUCACAUGUAACUGUCUGUACAUGCAUUUGGGCUUUCCAUAUGCUGCAGCUUCAGAGCAAUAAAUGUAGCUCUCCUGAACUUUACCUAGCCAGCCGCCCAUGGCUUUAUUUAUAAACUGCGGUUUUGGUUGGGUAGGAAAGGUGAGUGUCACUGUGCAACAUCCACUGCCUUCCAAAAACCACAAUUCAAUUGAAAAGGGUGCUCAAAAUUUUGUUAUACACAUUUCCUUUGUGUAAAUAAAUGUUUACAAUUUUAUAUUAAAGAUUUGAAUAAGAGUUAGAUCUUCUGACUGUAUAUUUUUUACUUUUUAUAGAUUUUAAAACUAUAAUUCUUUAUAUAUGUGUUUGGGGGGGUAUAUGGUAAGUUUUAUGCUUGUAAAUGGAGAACAGUUGAAUUUGCUAACCUUUAUGAUUUUUUUUGUCAUUGAAAUGUAUAAAGAGUCCAUUAAUCCCCUUAUUCUUUUACUACAAUUACUGGUGCACACCAAAAAAAUCCUUCACUUCUGUUUUAUCAUUAUAAAAUAAAUAUUUUGCUAGUGUAUUAAA